AUAAUGAUUUCCAAAAUAGAGAAGUCUAUAUAUAUAUACACAUAUGUAUUAAAACCACCUCACACAAGUAGUUGACUAGAAAGCUAAAGAAAAUGGAGUACUACCAUUUAGCCUUCUUCUACACAGCUUUAGCAAUUGGAAUUUUAACACUUUAUGGCAUAUUAAAGAGAGCAAAUGGUUGGUAUUAUGCAAUUAAAUUUUGUUCAAAGAAAUAUAAUAUCCCUCCUGGUGAUAUGGGCUGGCCAUUUGUUGGCAACACUCUAUUUUAUUUCAAAUGUUCCAUGAUGGGUGAUCCUGGUUCAUUCUUAUCAUACUUUGUUACUAGGUUUGGGCCAGGAGGAAUGUACAAAGGAUACAUUUUUGGAAAGCCAAGCAUUAUCGUCACAAAGCCUGAAAUAAUUACGAAAAUCUUGAUGGAUGAAGAAAAUCUUGACAGAGGUUUGCCUAAUUAUAUGAAAAAAUUAGUGGGAUUAACAACAACAUUCAAAGAAGACAAGUGUAUUCGUCGAUUAAUAGCUCCAAUAAAAGGCCAAAGAUUAUUAUCCAACUUCAUCGAAUGUAUCGAUAGAAUCGUGAAAACUACAUUCGAGAAAUAUGCUGCUACGGAAGAACCCAUUGAGUUCCUUUCUAAGAUGAAGAAGCUUACAUUUGAGGUGUUUAUGAGAAUUCUUGUAGGUGGUGAGGUUAAUCAAGAAUUAUUUGAUGAAGUAUUCAAGGAGUCUACUUUCCUAAAUUGUGGUAUUAUCAGCUUGCCCAUUAAUAUACAAGGAUUUGCUUACAAUAGAGCAAUCCAGGCUAGAGGAUCACUAGCUAAGAUAUUUCAACAAUUAUUGGAAGAAAGAAGAAAAGCCAUGGUGAUUAUUGCAGAGGAUUACAAGGCAAAUAUGCCAAAGUCCAACAUAAUUGAUAUGUUACUAUUAGACACAAAUCAAGAUGAUUAUGAUGAUGAUGAUGGCAAAAGAUUAAGUGAUGAACAGAUCAUUAGGAUGCUAAUUUUAUUUGCAUUUGCUGGUUAUGACCCUGCUGCUCUAAUGGCUACAAAGGCAAUUAUAUUUUUGGAAAAACAUCCUGAGUUCUUGCAAAAGGCAAAAGAGGAACAAGAAGAUAUAGUUAAGAGCAGACCAUCUUCAAAUGUUGGCCUUAAUUUUGAUGAGAUUAGACGAAUGAAGUAUCUUAGUAAGGUAAUUAAUGAAACGCUGCGUAUUGCUAGCAAUCAGACAGUAUUCCUUAAAGACACAAAUACUCCUUAUAACAUAAAUGGGUACACCAUACCCAAAGGGUGGAGGUUUUUCGCAAAUUUAUGGAAUAUUCAUAUGGAUCCAAAUACUUUUGUGAAACCUCAAGAAUUUAAUCCUUCAAGAUGGGAUGAUUUGGAAACUAAGCCAGGCACCUUUCUUCCUUUUGGAAUGGGCCCCAGAGGGUGUCCAGGAUCCAAUUUGGCCAGACUUGAAAUUUCAGUAAUUCUUCACUACUUUCUUCUUUACUACAGGGUUGAGCAGAUUAAUCCAGAAAUUAAAACACAUCCUCCUGAAAAUUAUCUCGUAAGAUUCAAGAAGCUUUCAGUCUGUACUAAUUGUAAUUUAUUUUAAUCAUCGCAUUAUUAGUUAAUCUUUCAUGUUGUAAUCUUGAAAACAAUAAGUUUGUAUAUAUUGAAUUAAAGAUUUUAUCAAUUAUUGAAUUACGUUGUA